AUGAGCUUGAAAGAAGUAUUCGAACAACAUCCAUGGAGGUCAUUUAAGAAAUUCAAUGAAGCUGCAAAGAGUUGGGGAUUUACUAACAGAGCUGAAGUGAAAAGGUUCUUUGACAAAAAUGUUGUACAUCAAACAAAAAUAAACCCUUACGACUACUUUUUACCAAUUUACUCCAACACUCCUGACGCAUACCAAUUUGACACUCUCAUUCAAAGCAGAAAAGGAGGACAUAAACCAUUCCUCAUCUUCAUAAAUGUUAACACUCGUAAAGCAUAUGCAUAUCCAAUGAAAAAUAAAGGAACUCGUGAAGUGUUAAGAGUUUUACAAAAGUUUGUAGCAGAACAUAACCCAAGUACUUUAACAUCAGACCAAGACAGUGCAUACCUCAGCAAUGAAAUCACAGAAUUUCUCAUUAAGCAUAACAUAACUCACUACACUACUGAAGACCAUAACCAUAACAUACUCGGCAUCAUAAACCGCUUCAUAAGAACGCUCAGAGAUUUAAAUCAAGAGCGAGACUUUACCGAAGAAACAAUGA